ACCACAGAGCACUGACACAAUUUGGGGCCGACCAAUCGUAGAGCAGAAAGACUCCCAAAGAGUGGGUGGUGGCUCUGAGAGAGAAGUGUGUCUCAGGACAGACAAACUUUUGGCAGACGCUGUGAGAGCUCUCUUUCACUCUCCUCUUUCUCCACUCACUCUCUCUCUUGGUUCCUGCCUGCAUCUGUGUGUGUGUGUGUGCGUGUGUGUAUGUAUGUGUGUGUACUGGCAUGUUGUGUUUUAAAUGUGUGUGUAUGCGCAUGUGUGUGUUAGUGCUAAUUCCUUGGCUCUCUCUUAUCAUCUCUUGGUUACCAUAAUAUUUGUCGGGUUAUAAGCAAAUUGCUUGUCUCAGGACUGGAUGGCAGAACUGGUAAAAGUUCGCAAGAAACACCUUCAAACUCCAAUUUCAAGGCUCAGGUGCAUGGUCCGGCAGUUAGAGGAGAAGGAUGUGGAUCUGGAGGAACUGAAAAAGAACCUGGAGUACACAGCAUCCUUACUCGAGGCUGUGUAUAUCGAUGGGACAAGACAGACACUGGAGACGGAGGAUGAGCUCCAGCAGCUCCGUUCAGAUGGCGUGCCCUCGGAGGUGCGUGAUUGGCUGGCCUCCACCUUUACCCAGCGACCCCGGCGGCUGAGCCGACGCCCCGAUGAGAAACCCAAGUUCCGCAGCAUCGUCCACGCUGUGCAGGCCGGAAUAUUCGUGGAGAGGAUGUUCCGCAAGGCCUACACAGUGUCCAUGCCAGACCAGCCGGCUGAGGUCACCCACUGUCUCAGGGACGUGGACCGCUGGAACUUUGAUGUGUUCGCUCUGGACACCGCAAGCUCGGGACACGCGUUACAAGCCCUUUUUGUCGAGCUCGUCAUCAGAUACGAGCUCAACAGUCGCUUUAAGAUACCGAUUUCCUGUUUGAUGUCCUUCCUGCCUGCACUAGAAAGAGGCUACGGCAAGCACAGCAACCCUUACCAUGGCCACACACACGCAGCAGACGUCACGCAGACGAUGCACUGUCUACUCCUACGCACUGGGCUUGUGCACUGGCUCAGUGAGCUGGAAGUCCUGGGCUGUCUGUUCGCAGCAGCCAUUCAUGACUACGAGCACACAGGAACCACCAACAAUUUUCACAUUCACACCAGGUCUGAGCUAGCCAUGAUCUACAACGAUCGCUCUGUCCAGGAAAGCCACCACCUCAGUGCCACCUUCCGUCUGCUCCAGGACGACCAGAUGAACAUCUUCACCAACCUGUCCAGAGAAGAGUGGAUAGAGCUUCGUACUCUUGUCAUUGAGAUGGUGCUGGCCACAGACAUGUCGUGCCACAUUGCUCAGGUAAAAGUAAUGAAGACUUGUCUGCAGCAGCAAGAGAGCAGAAUAGACAAGCCGAAAGCACUCUCCCUCCUACUUCACACGGCAGACAUAAGCCACCCCACUAAGCCCUGGGUGCUACACUCCCAAUGGACGAAAGCGCUCAUGGAGGAAUUCUUCAGACAGGGCGACAAGGAAGCAGAACUGGGCCUGCCUUUUUCACCACUAUGUGACCGCAACAGCACCUUGAUAGCACAGUCUCAAAUAGGCUUCAUUGACUUUAUUGUGGACCCAACAUUCUCCUUAUUGACGGAUAUGGCUGAGAAGAUAGUCAUUCCUCUGGUUCAAGAGAACCCUGGACCUCUGGACCCCUGCAAUAGACACAGUUCAGUAUGGAAGGAGAGUUCAAGAGGCCUGGAGUGGAGCUUACCUCACAUCACGGCAGAACUUGUCAGCUUCAGAUCAACAUGGACACGCCACACAGAAGACAAUAAGUUUAUGUGGAAGGAAAGUGAGUCCAACGGAGCCAAUGAUCAGAGUGUACUAGAGGAGCACACUUCUCCGAGAGAGGAGAACCUGUCAGGGGAACACUGCCAGGAGGGGCCUGUAAACAACACUAAACAGUAGUGAACUCUCACAUUCAGUAUCCUGAACUGACAAGCAAAAAUGCCCUGUCUAAAUACAGUAUGCUAUCUGAAACAGUCAUAGUUCAAAGGAUUUACUGUAUGUGUACUUGAAUAUCCACCACCAAGUUUGCCUUUGAAUAUUGACAUACAUAUUUGUUUUAGGUGUACUAUAGGAUUAUUUUGACAUCAGACUGAUCCGGAUUAUGAAAAGAUCUAAAUAUCGCAAUAGAGUUUACUAAAUAUAUCUACAUGUAAGACUAAUGCGUACCACUAGCUGCCUUGAUAGCACAGGUUACCCUUUGAAUUCUACUGUGCUGCACAGCGAGAAAGAUGUUGCAUCAGGAGUGUGAACAUGCAAAGUUACUAGAGGUAAUAGCUGUAGGCCUCGACUUUUUUUCUGUGAUAAGAGCAGCAGACCACCUCUGAUGUACAAGCUUUAGAAGAACACAUUAGACAUGCUGGUCAUGUUAUACUUUUAGUUCUUAAUAAAAACUGUCAGGUUGACAGCUCACUCGCUGUUUAUCUGACUUAGAGUGAGACCGUUUCCAAUACCACCAGGUCAUUCUGGAGUCUCUUAAAUGUGCCUAUCAAACAGUGAUGUUAAUAUUAAAAUAAACAUAGAUUUUGUGUAAUGAGGGUGUUCUGUUCAUCAAAUGCUGUUUGAGAUUUUUAAGAGUAAGCAUUGCUGUGCGCUGCAAUAAAAAAAAAGUGAGGUAU